AUGGUAAUUGAAUUAGCUGUUUCUUUCGAAGCGAGUUGGGUUAACUUGCAUCACAUCCAAACAUGGUUAAUCUUGAAAAUACUAAUGGAUGAUAAGAAAUGGCUUCGAUUGAUUAAGUUUGUUUUGUCUGUUNCAAAGGCUUUUUCUAGCGCUGAUACGGCAUAUGUCCUCGCUUACUCUGUCAUAUUGCUCAACACAGAUGCACAUAACCCUAUGGUGAAGAGCAAGAUGACAGCUGAUGGUUUUAUUAGGAAUAAUCGUGGUAUAGAUGAUGGAAAAGAUUUGCCUGAGGAAUAUCUACGUGCAUUGUAUGAAAGGAUAUCUAGAAAUGAGAUAAAGAUGAAGGACGAUGCCAAUAGUAAAUUUGAGAAAGAUAUUAGUCUCCAAGCUAUUGCUUUCCUUCAAUAUUGCGCAAGAAAACUUGCUGAAGGCUCUGUUGGUUCAUCAUUAAGAAGGAACCCUCCAUCAUCUCCUCCGGGUGGAAAAAGUGGAAAACAAGAUAGUGGAAAAUUUCUAGAAAGUGACGAACAUUUGUAUUCUUGGUUUCCGUUAUUAGCCGGUUUAUCUGAACUUAGUUUCGACCCAAGAGCAGAAAUAAGGAAGGUUGCAUUGAAAGUCCUGUUUGAUACUCUGCGGAACCAUGGUGACCAUUUCAGCCUGUCUUUAUGGGAACGGGUUUUUGAGUCUGUUUUAUUUCGGAUAUUCGACUAUGUGCGUCAUGACGUUGACCCAUCUGGUGAGGAUUCAGCAGAUCAGAUAGGUUACAAUGGUGAAGUUGACCAAGAGUCUUGGCUUUAUGAGACAUGCUCGUUGGCUCUACAGCUAGUUGUAGACCUCUUUGUAAAUUUCUACAAGACAGUUAAUCCUCUCCUUAAGAAGGUACUGAUGUUAUUCGUAAGCUUGAUAAAACGUCCUCACCAAAGUCUUGCUGGUGCGGGUAUUGCUGCGCUUGUCCGUCUGAUGAGAGAUGUCGGUCAUCAAUUCACAGACGAACAAUGGCUCGAGGUUGUGUCAUGUAUCAAAGAAGCACCAUGGGAAGAAGGUAGCGUUCACGAGGUGUCUAUUUUCUUAUAA